UUUCCACCUCCUUGAUCCACUUCUUCCAAGAUGUUUGUUGCCCACCACCUAGUCUCCCUUCUUUAACAUCUGCUCUUACAAACCUCAUCGUCUCCUUCAACCAUUAUCAACUAUCUUUUCUUCUUACUUUCUCAUAGCAAAGAUGCAUCUUUUUUCAUCUUAUGUUUUAGUGUGUUUUUGGGUGCAUUGCUUCGCACCCAUGGUGUUGUCCAUCAAUUUGGUUGAUGAGUUUGCUCUUAUUGCCUUGAAAACCCAUAUUACAUAUGAUUCCCAAGGUAUUUUGGCAACAAAUUGGUCUACCAAAAGGCCCCACUACAGUUGGAUUGGAAUUUCUUGCAACGCUCCUCAACUAAGUGUUUCUGCAAUCAACCUCUCUAACAUGGGUCUUGAAGGAACUAUUGCGCCACAAGUCGGCAACCUCUCCUUUCUUGUUUCCCUUGAUCUUAGUAAUAACCACUUUCAUGGAUCUCUUCCUAAGGAUAUUGGUAAGUGCAAGGAGCUUCAACAACUGAAUUUAUUUAAUAAUAAAUUGGUUGGAGGCAUUCCAGAAGCCAUUUGUAAUUUAUCAAAACUUGAAGAGCUAUAUCUUGGGAAUAAUCAGUUGAUUGGUGAAAUUCCAAAGAAAAUGAAUCAUCUUCAGAAUCUGAAGGUAUUGUCAUUCCCAAUGAACAACUUAACAGGUUCCAUACCGGCCACCAUUUUCAAUAUAUCUUCUUUGCUCAAUAUUAGUCUCUCCAAUAAUAACCUCUCUGGGAGUCUUCCCAUGGAUAUGUGCUACGCCAAUCCAAAGCUCAAGAAGCUUAAUCUUUCAUCAAAUCAUUUGAGUGGAAAGAUCCCCACUGGUUUAGGCCAAUGUAUACAGCUUCAAGUAAUUUCCUUAGCAUAUAAUGAUUUCACAGGAAGCAUACCAAGUGGAAUCGGUAACUUGGUGGAGCUUCAGAGAUUGUCUCUACAGAAUAACAGCUUCACAGGAGAAAUCCCUCAAUUAUUGUUCAACAUCUCUUCGUUGAGGUUUUUGAAUCUAGCAGUGAAUAACCUAGAAGGUGAAAUCCCCUCCAAUUUGUCGCAUUGCAGAGAGCUCCGAGUGCUAUCAUUAUCUUUCAAUCAGUUCACUGGAGGCAUUCCACAAGCCAUAGGGAGUUUAUCCAACCUUGAAGAAUUAUAUCUUAGUCAUAACAAAUUGACAGGUGGAAUUCCUAGAGAGAUUGGGAAUCUUUCAAAUUUAAAUAUUUUGCAAUUAAGCUCUAAUGGAAUAAGUGGCCCUAUUCCUGCCGAAAUUUUCAAUGUCUCUUCAUUGCAAGUGAUUGCUUUCACUGAUAAUAGCCUUUCUGGGAGUCUUCCAAAGGAUAUCUGUAAACAUCUUCCCAAUCUCCAAGGGCUCUCUCUUUCUCAGAAUCAUCUCAGUGGUCAACUUCCUACAACUCUAUCCUUAUGUGGAGAGCUCCUAUUCCUGUCACUAUCAUUCAAUAAAUUCAGAGGAAGCAUACCAAAAGAAAUUGGCAACUUAUCAAAGCUUGAAAAGAUCUAUCUAGGCACAAAUAGCCUCAUAGGUUCCAUUCCAACUUCAUUUGGUAAUUUGAAGGCCUUAAAAUUUCUUAAUUUGGGGAUAAACAAUCUUACGGGGACGGUACCAGAAGCUAUUUUUAACAUCUCUAAACUACAGUCCCUUGCGAUGGUGAAAAAUCACCUUUCAGGCAGCCUCCCAUCAAGUAUUGGCACCUGGCUCUCGGAUCUUGAAGGGCUUUUUAUAGCAGGCAAUGAAUUCAGUGGAAUAAUUCCAAUGUCUAUUUCAAAUAUGUCAAAACUUACCGUGCUAGGUUUAUCAGCUAACUCCUUCACUGGUAAUGUGCCAAAAGAUCUCGGUAACCUGACAAAGCUUAAAGUUCUUGACCUUGCAGGCAAUCAAUUGACUGAUGAACACGUAGCCUCUGAGGUUGGUUUUCUUACUUCUUUGACAAAUUGCAAAUUUUUGAAAAAUUUGUGGAUAGGAAAUAAUCCUUUCAAAGGUACUCUUCCAAAUUCACUAGGGAAUCUUCCCAUUGCUCUUGAAAGUUUUAUUGCAUCAGCCUGCCAAUUCAGAGGAACCAUUCCCACAAGAAUUGGUAAUUUGACCAAUUUGAUAUGGCUGGACUUGGGAGCUAAUGACUUGACAGGGUCAAUACCAACUACAUUGGGACGACUAAAGAAGCUCCAAAAGUUGCACAUUGUUGGAAAUAGAUUACGAGGAUCCAUUCCAAAUGAUCUUUGCCAUUUGAAGAACUUGGGAUACUUGCAUUUGAGUUCUAACAAAUUGUCUGGAUCAAUCCCAAGUUGUUUUGGAGAUCUUCCUGCGCUACAAGAACUCUUUCUUGACUCCAAUGUGUUAGCUUUCAACAUUCCUACAUCCUUGUGGAGCCUUAGAGAUCUGUUGGUUCUUAACUUGUCUUCAAAUUUCUUGACUGGUAAUCUACCUCCCGAAGUUGGAAACAUGAAGUCCAUUACAACAUUGGACUUGUCAAAGAACCUAGUUUCAGGUCACAUUCCAAGAAAGAUGGGAGAACAACAAAAUUUGGCUAAACUCUCCUUGUCCCAAAAUAAACUACAAGGCCCAAUACCUAUAGAAUUUGGUGAUUUGGUAAGCUUGGAAUCCUUGGAUCUAUCCCAGAACAAUUUAUCCGGAACCAUUCCCAAGUCAUUGGAGGCCCUUAUUUAUCUCAAGUAUCUAAAUGUUUCUUUGAAUAAACUACAAGGAGAAAUUCCUAAUGGAGGACCUUUCAUAAAUUUCACUGCUGAAUCGUUCAUGUUCAAUGAAGCCUUAUGUGGAGCACCUCAUUUUCAAGUCAUGGCAUGUGAUAAAAACAACCGCACUCAAUCAUGGAAGACAAAGUCAUUCAUCUUAAAAUAUAUUCUAUUACCAGUCGGAUCAAUAGUAACUUUAGUGGUUUUCAUUGUUCUGUGGAUACGUAGACGAGAUAACAUGGAAAUACCAACUCCAAUUGAUUCAUGGCUCCCUGGAACACAUGAAAAGAUUUCACACCAGCAGCUUCUUUAUGCAACAAACGACUUUGGUGAAGACAAUUUGAUUGGGAAAGGAAGCCAGGGCAUGGUAUAUAAAGGGGUAUUAUCUAAUGGCUUGACUGUUGCUAUAAAGGUUUUCAAUUUAGAAUUCCAAGGAGCCUUGAGGAGUUUCGAUUCAGAAUGUGAAGUGAUGCAAGGGAUUCGCCACCGAAAUCUUGUCAGGAUAAUUACCUGUUGCUCAAACCUCGAUUUCAAAGCGUUGGUGCUCGAAUAUAUGCCUAAUGGAAGUCUUGAGAAGUGGCUGUAUUCCCACAACUAUUUUUUGGAUCUCAUCCAAAGAUUAAACAUUAUGAUAGAUGUAGCAUCAGCAUUAGAGUACCUUCAUCAUGAUUGUUCGAGCCUUGUGGUGCAUUGUGACUUGAAGCCCAAUAAUGUUUUGUUAGAUGACGAUAUGGUUGCUCAUGUGGCCGAUUUUGGGAUCACAAAACUCUUGACUAAAACAGAGUCUAUGCAGCAAACAAAGACCUUAGGCACAAUAGGCUAUAUGGCACCAGAGCAUGGCUCAGAUGGGAUAGUAUCCACAAAGAGCGAUGUUUAUAGCUAUGGGAUCUUGUUGAUGGAAGUAUUUUCAAGGAAGAAGCCUAUGGAUGAAAUGUUCACUGGGGAUCUAACCUUGAAGACUUGGGUAGAGUCAUUAUCCAAUUCAGUGAUACAGGUUGUUGAUGCCAAUCUAUUGAGAAGAGAGGAUGAAGACCUUGCCACAAAGCUAAGUUGUUUGUCCUCCAUUAUGGCUUUAGCUUUGGCAUGUACAACCGAUUCACCUGAGGAGAGGCUCAACAUGAAAGACGCGGUGGUUGAACUCAAGAAGAGCAGAAUGAAACUGUUGAUGUAAGGAUUAUUUCAAAAGAUGGGAUGGAACUUAAAAACAUCAAAUUGUUACACAACAGUUGUUGUCAAUAGUUCAAAGGAAGCCAAAAGUGGGAAGUCGAAGUUGGUUAAGAGUACACAAAGCAAUAUCCCAGGCACUAUUAAGUAUAUGUCAUGGGUCUAGAUGUUUAAUUUCUUUGGUAUUUUCCACAUGACAACCAAAUGUGAAAAAAAUCAUUUGUCUUAGCAUUCUUUUUUCUUUAAUGCUUUUUGAGAACCAAACAUAAGCUAAGGGAUUCGUGGUGAUAGAUUAUCUUAGAAUAAUUUUCAGAUGAUUGAAUGACCAUGAAAAUCAUGGUAUUAGUCUUGAGUAAUAUCUUCAAUAGAAACCUAGUUUCCAAAUACAUGUAGUUUUAAUGA